AUGAAGAAUAUCUUCUCCUCCAAGAAAUCAACCUCGCCAAAGAAGCCACAGACCGGCGAAAACGACGAGAACCGCAACCCUCGUCAGGCUUCGGAGCCAUCUUCGCCCGUCAAAUUUGCUUCUGCCCCUCCUUCUUACUCCUCAGCCACUGCGCUCAAGAGGGAAAGGGAAUCCCCCAGAAAAUCUACUAGACCCGCAUCGCCCGCAUCGCCCACGCCGCGAGAGCAACUUCCCACCAAGCCAAGAAGUUCGCGAUCCUUUGGUAGACAAAACACUGAUUCUUCCUCGUCGUCGUCUUCGCGCCGCAGCAAGAAGCACGAUCCCAAUACUCAUCCCCUCAAUCUCCCGCCAGACGAGCGAGACAAGCGCUUGUCAGCCCUCUCCAACAUGAGUAACCGCAGCUCCGUUGAUAAGAUGGACAUCGAUUCCAGCGCCCCUCCAUCGUCGCCACCUCAGACCUCGUCUAGCAACGGUACCGUCCCUGUCAGCUCGCCGACCAACGGACGGAAAACGCCUCCCACAAAUGGCGACGGGCCUGUUCCCCCUCCUCACAGAUCCAAUCCUUCGAGUCCAGUCCCUUCGCCUGCUGACGAGGCUGAAUCUUACAAGAAUAUCGGCAACAAGUUUUUCAAGGAGAAAGAUUACAAGAAUGCCAUUUUGCAGUACUCCAAGGCUGUUGACCUGGUGCCAAACUCUGCUACUUACCUGAGCAACCGUGCCGCUGCUUACAUGUCCAAUGGCCAAUAUGAAGCUGCCCUAGAGGAUUGCUCCCGCGCUGUAGACCUUGACCCGUCCAACCCCAAGUUUCUGUUGCGACUUGCUCGUAUCUACACCAGUCUUGGUCGUCCCGAAGAGGCUCUCACUACUUUCAGCCGCAUCGAUCCACCAGCCUCGGCUAAGGACAUGGCUCCCGCGAGGGAGAUGCAACACCACAUCAAGGCUGCUACCGAUGCACUCGAGAAUGGUACUUCGGGUUCAAUGGUUUUGCAUGCUCUCGAUCAGGCUGAGAAGUUCCUGGGACUUGGUGCGCCCAAGCCUCGCAAGUGGCAGUUGAUGCGUGGUGCGGCCUACCUUAAGAUGGGAGGAAUCAACUCCUUGGGCGAGGCGCAAAACGUUGCCAUGUCUCUCUUGAGAUACAACAGCUCGGACCCCGAGGCUUUGGUUCUGCGCGGUCGUGCUCUGUACGCACAAGGCGAGAAUGACAAGGCUAUCCAGCAUUUCAGAAAGGCGCUGAGUGGCGACCCAGACUACCGAGAUGCGAUCAAGUACCUGAGAAUUGUUCAAAAGCUUGAUCGUAUGAAGGAGGAGGGUAACACAGACUACAAGGCCGGUCGCUGGCAAGCCGCCUUUGACAAGUAUAGCCAAGCUCUAGAGAUUGAUCCCGCCAACCGUGGUACCAACUCAAAGUUGUUCCAAAACCGUGCGCUGUGUCGCCUCAAGCUCAAGCAAUAUGACGAUGCCAUUGCAGACUGCGAGAAGGCCAUUAGCCUGGACCCGUCGUACAUGAAGGCACGCAAGACAAAGGCCAACGCUCUCGGCCAAGCCGAGCGAUGGGAAGCUGCUGUCCAAGAAUGGAAGGCCAUUCAAGAGAUGGACCCCGAGGACCGCACUAUUGCCAAGGAGAUUCGCAAGGCUGAGCUCGAGCUCAAGAAGAGCCAGCGCAAGGACUACUACAAGAUUCUCGGUGUCUCCAAGGACGCCGAUGACAACACCAUCAAGAAGGCUUACCGAAAGGCGGCCAUCGUCCACCACCCCGAUAAGAACCAAGGCGAUCCUGAGGCAGAGGAGCGCUUCAAGGAUAUUGGAGAAGCUUACGAGACCUUGAGUGACCCUCAGAAGCGAGCACGCUACGACAGUGGCGAGGAUCUGAUGGAUCCCUCCGACAUGUUUGGCGGUGGCGGAAUGGGCGGAAUGGGCGGUGGCAUGGGCGGAAUCGACCCUGAAAUCCUCUUCAGCAUGAUGAAUGGAGGUGGCUUUGGAGGCGGCGGCGGCGGCUUCCCUGGUGGUGGUGGUGCUCGCUUCUCCACAGGAGGUGGAAGAUCAGCCGGCGGUUUCCCCGGCGGUUUCCACUUUGGCUGA